AUGAUGUCAGGCAUAGCUGCUCUCGUGCUGUGUGGAUAUCUUAUAACAACAAUGAUUGGAUUCCUUACUGUGGGUAUGUUCCAAAUGUAUAAGACUUCUGAGCUACAAUAAAAUGGUGAGUUUGGCCCAUUGGAUGUCCAUCCUGGUGAUUUAUAAGACAGCUUUGUGUAUUGAGCAACCAUACAGACUUGUUGUGAAUACCAUGUGUUUGGAGAUGAAUAAUCAAGAUCGUCUGUCGUGUGGAAGCAAUGGAGAUUAUCACUGCCUCCUUGAUGAGCAUUACUCUGAUGAGUAUGAAGUAUGCAGGGGAUGGAAGUGGAUUCCAACAGGCAAAUGCGCAUAUUUUAAUACAUAUGGAAGAGGAAAUGUAGAUGAGAGAGAUUGUAAUUUCGCACCAGGAUUGACAUGUCCAUCAGGACAGUACAAGUCAACAGAUAGUACUCAUUAUAGUGCUUGUUACGUAAAGAAAGAAACCACAACACAAUUAAAUACAAACAUAAAAGGAGAUGGUACUUCUGGUGGGGCAAGAGUCUGUUUAGCAAAUAACCAGCAAAGGGAGAUGCUCCUUCUGAUGUUUUCAUAUAUUUUCUUGCAACAUUUUAUUAACUGGUGAUUCACAGAGAAAUAAGAGCUACUGAAAGAUGAUGGGAAAAACAGUAUUUCAUUGCAGCAUUUUUUUUAGUAAUUCAUUAAAGUUUGCAGCUACUUAUAUACUGAAAGGAUAAAGAAACGCAUAUUAAACUUUUGAGUUAAAUUAAAACAUUUAUUUCAAAUAUGUUUUCCAGCAUUGUUAUCAUACAUUUUAAUUCAUCUUUAAUCAACAAGUUACCAAAUUUUUGUGUGAUUUUGACUGAUAAUUCCCGAGAUAUUGAUAUCAAUAUGUCGACACCCCCCAAAAAUAAAACUAAAAAAUCUCAUAAUCUCCCCUUUGCAUCAAGAACAAACUUGAUUUUCCUGUGCAUUGAGUUCACCAGAGCAUUUUUCUUUUUCAUAGCAUUAUUAUCCAACCCUUCCGACGGUAGUCUUAAUGGCUGAGAUUAGCUGUAUUAUUCCAAAGCCAACAAAUCCCCCUGCCCAAUCGAAUCCCACGAAUUUUUGAUUUAGGAUAGAAUGUACAGAACCCAGCAGGUUUGGUACACGUGAAUGUUUGUAAAAAAAUCUCGACAAUCACUAGCUACAUUUUCCAGUGUAAACAUGCUUAAAAAAAUCACGCAAACGAUGCGUACCUGCGCGUUUGAGAGUAAAACCGACGUAAAGUGGCCAAGCUCGCGGCCCAAAUUAGAGUAGAGAUUUUCUGUCAACUUAGGGUGAAAUAAAAUAAGUAUGAUUGUCUGCUGUAUAAAUAUCAGUUUCAGUGAUAAUGCCUUGACAAUAACCUAGGUGGCAUGAUGAAAAGCCCUAUCUUGAUAUGACGUUGUUACGCGCCGUCACCGUCAUGGUUGGUUAGAAACCUUUUAAGUGAACUCUUUGACAACCAAAAAAACUUUUAUUUGGUUGAAAAGUUGAAAAGAAUCUGUACAGCAGCAUGUUUUUGCCUUUCUAUUCACGUAUGCAA